UAUUAUUUACUUAGUAGUUGCUGGAACAAAAUAAAUUUUAUGGAACAAAUAAUCGCUGUAAGGUUAGGUAGGUUUCUGUAAUUUUACAUGUAAUUGCUUUCUAGGGUGUAUAUAAAUUAUUCACUAACUGUAUGAUCCUCAUAGUUUCACAAUUACAGCUUUUUAUUAACCGUAGAAAACAUGAAAACAAUUCAUCUCGUUCCAACCUAGCACUAGACUUCAUAUGAAAAUUACUUACCAAACUCUGAUAAUGCUUAUUUUAUGUCAAGUUUCAUGAGGUGCUUUUAAAAACAAGAAUUUUUGCGAUUGACUCCAAAGGAUAAAAUAAUGACGUCAUCACACACUGAUAUCACAAUCUUUAUGGUCAUGUAAUAUACAUAACAUAAAUUUGUAAACAUAAAUAAUAUUUAAAAACAAAGGAAAAAGGUACUUAUUUUAAUAAUUGGUUAAACCGACGUCUUUCCGCUACUUCUAAUGUCCUAAAGGGGUCUGUAAAUGGCGAAGAUAAGAAAAUUUGGUAGCUGAAGGAAAAAACAUGAAUGUGGCACCGUCACCACGUCACCAUUGAACCGAGCUUAAAUAAAAAUUUUCGAAAAUUAUGUAUUGAAGUCUAAUAAUUCCCGAGACAUAUAGGCCGUUGGGUCACUUUUGACUAACCCUGUAUAUUUUUAUUACACGUUUAAUGUAUAUGUUUAAAUAAAAAUAGCAUAAAGUAUUCUUUUUAUUUAGUGUUAAACACAAAUAAAUUUUCCUGACUCCGGUUCUGUAUGUACGAGCGUGAAGUUCACGUCAGACGCAUUUUGCGCGGGCUACUGGCACUGAACAUGCACAGUGAUUCGAUAAAGGCCAAAGUACAAAAGACGAGGUUGACGUUUUAGAACUUUGUUUUUGACGCUUGACGAUUUGCCUUUUGUUUGGUGUUUUGAUGGAAUAUAGUUUAGAAUAAUUUCGUUGGAAAAUAUGGAAAACGCGGAAGAAAUAUUGCACAGUUUGGAGGAAUUUUCCAAAAUGAAGCCGAAAGAUAUACCGAGGGAAUUAGAGGAAUACUUAUGUUUUGUUGCGAAGACGGGAGACCCAGUUUACCAAUGGUCGGCAAUCAAAAGUCUUUUUCGGGAAAAAUUGAUCAGUGUAGUGCAAGAAUUUUACGAAUCCUGUCCGAUGAUGGAUAUUCCGCCGUGUCCCAACGUCGAUAUGUUUAACUACGAUCUCAUGAAAAAUUUUAUCUUAGAGAGAUUGGAGACUUUUACUGCCGCCCCAUUUACAUUGCAGAGAAUAUGUGAGCUGCUUACAACCCCUCGCAAGGAAUACAAUCGGAUAGACAAAUUUAUGAGGGCUUUAGAGAAGAAUAUAUUAGUGGUAAGCACUACAGAGCCAGGACGAAAAGGAACAGAAAAUGGAGAAGGCAUAAUGAAUGGAAUAGAAUCUGAACACGUACCUGAACCAGGUAAUGAAAUAAAUAUUGAAGAGAUGGAUGAUUCUUCAACCUGGUCUCAAGCAAUAACCACAAAUCAUGUUUCAUUCGAAGGGCGAAUAGAAGAACAGACAAUAGAUAUGCAAGGUUCACCUAAUUCAGAUGCUUUCGAUAGUUUGAAGGCGAGCAGUGAACCAGUGACUGCCAACCAAGAAAGUGUUAUUAGCUGUACCUUAGAUGAAGACCAGUAUGUAUCUAUCGAGGCAGUAACUGAAGAAAUUCACUCUCAAACCACUUUAGAUAAAAAUGAAGUAGAUUUAUCUGUGACAAUAACUGCCGUGAAUGUCAAGACUAAUAUUGUAGAACACAUAGAUACUCAAGAAACAUCACCUGCCCUCAAGAAAGUAGCAGAAACUAUACCAAUUUUAAAUGAAGAAGCAAAACCAAGCUUGAAUGAACCUAAAUGUGCUGAUGAUGAUGUCUCCAAAGAAAUUCCAUCAAUACAAUCAGAGACGAGUUCUGAACAAUUGCCUGAACAAGAAGAGCCACCACCAUCUCCUUCAGAAGCUGGGGGAAUUGAAAACAUUUCACCAGAAACCAGCACAUCAUCUCCAGAAACUUUGAAAGAUCAAGCCGUUUCCCCUGAAUCCAAACCAGAAGAAUUGAAACAGAACAAGCCGUCAGAUUUUCAUGAGGAAAAACUCGAAAAUAUCUCUGAAAGUACUGAAUGUGGACAACUACCAUCUCUAACAGAGGCUGGAGAUAGUAUUAUGAAAGAAAAUGAGAAAAAAGGUUUGGUAGAUGCUGUAGUGACAGCCGUUGAUGACAAAAAUAAAGAUGCAGAAAAAAUUGAUAAUUUCAAAAAUUCAGAUGAAGAUAAAAAAGAAAAUAAUGAAGCAGACAAAAGUAAAGAGCAACUUGAAAACAACUCCAAAGAUGAAAUUCAAGAUGAGGAAAAUAAGGUAGAGACUCCUAUGGAAGUUGACCCUGCAGACGCAAAACUCGAUGAAGGUGCACCAUUGAAGGAGAGAGAAGCUAAUUCCGAACCCCCAGUUUAAUGUUAAAUAUCCUAUUUGUUUAUAAAUUCCCUAGGACUGGUGAAAAUUCUUGUGGUAAAGUUUUUUUUAUUAAUACUUGUCUUUUCUACAUUUCCAUUUAAUUUAGAAAAUUUUGGAAUAUGUAAAUAUGAGUCUGUUGAGGUUAGUUUAUACUUGGGAAAACAUUGCAGAAGGGAUUUUAAUUUUACUGAAAUUCUCAUUUUAUCACUGUUGUGAAGGACUAUGAGAAUUGACGCAAUUUUUAAUUAAUAAACAGUGUGAGUAAGACA